AUGUCCUAUAUUAUGUCUACGUCGCUUUUGUUGUGCUUGGUUGUUAUUCUAGCAAAUCUCCCGCGUCACAAGACGAUCAAGCCUUUUUGGAGAAAUCAAAAGAGUAAACCGAAACCAACUUUAUUGCCAUCAAUUGAAAAGGAUCCUGAGUUUUACAGAAGUAAGUUAAAAUUUGGACAAACGUAACAGUGUAUUAAUAAAGUAUACUUUCAAUCCUCUUUACUGCAGCUGAGUUCUGCUUUUAUUAAGCAAUAGUUAAGUAUACUACUUGCAAGUAGCUCGAAUGUGAUCGCAUACAUCGAAUGCAUGUGAAUGGCACCUCCCGCUGCCUUCAUGUAUACAAGAACCCAUGAUUCACGGAUUACAGCUAAAUUCAAUAAGUUAAUUUAGUUAAUAAGGAAAUAACACCGUUAAGAAAACGGUCACGCAUCCUAAAAAAUCCUAAUGGAUUCUAGGAUCUGUAUUUUUAAACCUGGUUUCCACAUGGUCGUAACUGUCGCAAAGAUCGAGUCACGAUAUUUCUCAACAGAUGAAAUACAACAGUGUAGAACUGGGAAUAGGCAGAGUGGUUAUAAAUAGGGAAUACUUAUGAUAUGGGGUUUUCAGGUAAAGCUAUUAUAAUCUGGCCGUUUAGAACGAUCGUGACUCUAUAGCUAUCUUUACGACUGUUACGACCAUAAGAAAACCUGGCUUAAAUCUUUCAAAAAUGUACUCUACAUGACUGUUGCAUUACGUCUCAACAGAUUUCCUGAAUCUUCAGUGUAUUACAUUCUUCACGCCUUCACCGUAUCUAAAUUCGCGUGGUAAUAAUUUUCACUCAGUCUUAAAUAUUCGCAGUUUAUUUUCGCGCGCCUUAAACGCAAUAUUUUCUGCAGUUUUAAUUUCUUGUACCUACCCAAAUGAUGGCUUGGCUUGUUAAAAUGACAUUUUGAUACUUGACUGUCUUGAUUCAAUUAAUUGGUUUGCUGGUUUGGUAGAGAAAGGUAAGCUCGGUAUUCGAUUUCUUUACGUAUCAUUAACAACGAAUCUAACAGGUGCCAAUUAUGAUGUCAGGUCGACAGAUUUGCUCCAUGCUAUGUCAUGGAAAAAUCUGAACGACAGACAUAAAAUGAAUAAAUCGGUCUUGAUGUUUAAAAUAUUAAACAACCACUCAGCUCCGAACUUAAAGGAUAAAUUUGUAACAAGAGACAUAAAUCUUAGUACUAAUUAUAAUCUCAGAAAUGCUGAUAUAAAUCUUUCAGUUCCUAAACCACGUACUGAAUAUUUAAAAAAGAGUUUUGGAUAUAGCGGGGCUGUUCUAUGGAAUAGUUUACCUACGCAGGCAAAGCAAACAGAAUCUUUAAGUAGUUUCAAAAUUUUGAUAAAAUAAUGUGUGCUACUAGUCCGUGUUUUGUGACCCGAUAUCGUUCACUUUCAUUAAGCAUGUCUUAGAUCUGAAAUAUUUUUACGGGAACUAACACUUUCCAACACGCUGAGUUCAAAUCCGAAAAGUUCCCACUCCGUAGACCCGCAGUUUUUUCACAAAAUGCUAUUUUAUCUUCGCUAAUUUCACAACAAAUUUUUUCAUUGUUCAACGAUACGGAUCGAUGACGAUACACGAUUAUGUCACUCAAAAGGACGAAUUUCUAUUAACCAUUCUUCCUUUUAACAAAAGAUCGGUUUUGCUCGAAUAAUUUUGAGUUAUGUAAUCUUAUGCGUGUUGGACGUAAACAACAUAUCUUGUCUAUAACUUUGAGAAGGUACAGAUAACGCUUUCAAAAAUCAUCAGUUCUAGAGAUAUCUCUAUAAAAUCACAAUGACGUUAAUGUCAAGUCUUUUAGCUAUGUCACUGGCCUGAAAAAUAACUCUUUUAACGCGAUCAAGAUAUUUAAAACAAAAGUAACGCGAAGCCAACGUAACGGCAAAGAUAACGCUAAAACGAAAUAUUGUCGAAUGGUUGCAGGUAGAAGACUUACGACAGGAUCAAUCUUAAAUAACCUUAAACUAUAAGAAUAAAUGUUCACAUCAAAGACAAAGAUCAGUCACAAAGUAUAAAAUACGCUCUGCAAACUUACCGCGAAGUGGAGAAAUGUGUGCCUGAGCUGUUUAUUUGAUGAUUUCGACGUAUAUAGAAGCCCUCUUUCCAAUAAUACUCGCUUAUCGCACAGCAUAACACCAACUGAUGUAAUAGUUCAAAUGCAAUGAAUUACGUCUUGAAUUACGUCUUGGAAACCGUGUUGGAAAUUUCAGUGUUGAUCCAUUACAUAUAGAUUACCGUUUUAUAUCUUUGUAUAAAACAUUUUGAUCGCAUGUAAGGAAUUAUUUCUCAGCCCAGAGACAUAGCCCAAAGACUUGACAUUAACGUCCUUGUGAUUUUAUAGAAAUAGAUCCAGAACUAAGGAUAUUAGAAGGAAUUAUCUGUACCUUCUCAAAGUUGUCGACAAGAUAUGUUGUUUACGUCCAACACGCAUAAGAUUACAUAACUCAAAAUGAUUCGAGCGAAACCGGUCUUUUGUUAAAAGGAAGAAUGGUUAAUAGAAAUUGGUCCUUUUGAGUGACAUAAUCGUGUAUCGUCAUCGAUCAGUGAUGUUGAACAAUGAAAAAAUUUGUUGUGAAAUUAGUGAAGAUAAAAUAGCAUUUUGUGAAAAAACUGCGGGUCUACGGAGUGGGAACUUUUCUAUGGGGCGCCAAACCUGACAAAAUAAAAAUGGUUCGUGAUAUAAAGUAUAUUAAAAUUUACCCCUCUGAUAUAAGAUAUGAUACUUGAGGUAGCUCGUGAUAUAAUGUAUAACUUAUGUACACAUCAAUAUAUAGGAUAUAACCUUAGUGACACAAUAUACAGAGUAUACUUUAACUGUCCGCGAUAUAGGUUAUAGAAAUAGACUGGGGCGAGUUUUUAAUUAUUCAUGUGCCAUUUUAAAAUUCACUUCCGGCUUCCGACUGCAUCGUUCAAAAGUGAGCGAAAUUGUGGGUGAUUCACCACAUUAUUAACACUUGUCCUCAUAUUAUUAGUAUCAUCAACAGUUACGGGCGCCGAAGUUGACGAGCUUUCUCCACUGAACGCCAUUUCUCUUUCCGCCAUGAUGCUAAAAUAUCUUCUAAUCUAUUUACUACAUUUCCCGCGUUAACUCAUUUCGUUAAUUUAUUACUGAUUAAUUUUCCUGAUUAAAUUUCAAAGCCGGAAGUGAAUUUUAAAAUGGCAGUACAUGAAUAAUUAAAAACUCGCCCCAGUCUAUUUCUAUAACCUAUAUCGCGGACAGUUAAAGUAUACUCUGUAUAUUGUGUCACUAAGGUUAUAUCCUAUAUAUUGAUGUGUACAUAAGUUAUACUUUAUAUCACGAGCUACCUCGCGUAUCAUAUCUUAUAUCAGAGGGGUAAAUUUUAGUAUACUUUAUAUCACGAACCAUUUUUAUUUUGUCACCUUUGGCGCCCCAUACUUUUCGGAUUUGAACUCAGCGUGUUCGAAAGUGUUAGUUCCCGUAAAAAUAUUUCAGAUCUAAGACAUGCUUAAUGAAAAUCGUUUUCUAGGCACUUUUCGAGGUCACAACACACGGACUAUACAGAGUCAGGCAUCGAAUAGUUUUUGUUUUUUUAACUUUUUUAUCUACGUAUUUGUUAUUCUAUGUUAUUCUAUUUCAUAUCUAAUUUAUAUUAGUUUUUAGAAUGUAAUUUGUGUGACGCCCCUCAUGAAAAUCAUCAAUGGGUGAUGAGGGAAGCGUGGUUAAAUAAAGUUUUACUAUACUAAUAAAGUUUUACUAACGAGCUGCGGAUUGUAAGGGAUUGAACUACCUGAAAAGUACAGGUAAAACGUCGACGUUUCGAGCGAAGGCCCUUCGUUGGGAAGUUUCCCUUCCCUGCAGCAGCAUGCUCUCUGUUAAUUUAAAGCGGUUUUCCACUGGGCGAAAUUUUUCGACCGAAUCGAAAUUUUCUUUUGUCUUACAAGCACUCAGAUGGAACUAACUGAAAUCUUUUUCCGCCUUAACGCAUAUAAUAAUAUACAUGAAAAAAUUUCACAAUUCUGCAUGAUUGGCUUAAGCCAGUUUUCCAUUAGGCGGAAUUUUGCGCGCGGAGCGGAGUUUCACUUUGUCUUGUGAUUUCUCGGGUGGAACUAAUAAGGAAAGACUGAUGCAAAAUUCCGCUCCGCGCAGAAAAUUCCGCCUAGUGGAAAACGGCCAGUUUUCCAUUAAGUGGAAUUUUGCGCGCGGAGCGGAAUUUUUCUUUGUCUUUUCUAAUUAGUUCCACCCGAGAAAUCACAAGACAAAGAAAAAUUCCGCUACGCGCGCAAAAUUCCGCCUAUAAUGAAAAAAGAGUUAAAUAAUUACUUUAAAGCCAAAAUAUCCGCCAUCUUGAAACGUCAUUGUUGCCGUGGCAACGGCAGUUGCGUAACCUUUGUGCAAGAAUUCUUUAGAUGUUGUUCUAUGUAAGCAAGGUACUUUUUGUUUAUCAACAAGUAAUAAUUGUCCAAAAAUGCUCAUCUAAAUUGUGAAUUUUCCAUUUUUUAAAAACUGUAUUGAGCCACCUUAAGAGCAGUGCAAUUUUUUCGAAAUACAGGGCCAAAUAACAGGGCCAAAAAAUCAAAUACAGUGGAAAAAAAGAAACGCCGUGCAAAUUUCUUAAUUUUCUUAAUUUUUAUUUUUUAAAUUUCUUAAUUUAUUAACGAGUAAUAACACGUGGUUUCUCGUGCUAUUUGAAAAAAAACCCAAAAAACUCCGCUCGUUCAUGUUGCACUCGAAACUAUACUAUUACCUAUACAUAUACAAAAUUCAUGAUUUGUGUUCAUAGGUAAAAUCUCACAUUGCGAUAAGUGGGAUCUUAGUUAAAAUUUUCCAUGUGAAGAUUUUAUCCCAAUUGACCAGGAUGGACAUUUUUUGCCGAUUUUGAUUUUAUUAAUAAUGGUUUCAAUGCGCCAAUUAAGCAAAUUUCAAUUAAGCAAAUUUUCUAAAACAAUUAAGAAAUAAACCAACAAUGACACACACAAUUUGUGGGAAAUUGGUUGUUGAGGAGAAAUGCUCCGAUUAUACUUUAAACUGUGGCCAAACCUGUCGCCCCACAGACUCACUAUUACAGCAAUAUGAUUAUGAUAUAAUUAUAUUUCCUCAGCCUCAGGGGGUCGUGCAUAGUUCCCCCAUGUUGGACUUUACCCAAGGUGUAGUAGCUCCCGGUGAUGGUCAUUGUUUACUUUAAAAUACACUAAUGUAAUACAUUAAUUUGUGUGAGUCUAUGGGGUUGAGGACGCAUGACCUUUGGGAGCACUCCAUCCCCAACUGCCAAUUUUUUAUUUUUUUUAUUUUUACAAACAGACUUGCAAAGUCAAUUCCAAUACUGUGUAUUACAUGUACAAAAUCUAGACGCGCUUGUGUGAAGUAUUAACCAGUAACUACUCUAUAUACUUUAUUUAUAACACUGCAUGAAUUGCAGUCCAUGCAAAUCUUGAUGACGGAUUGCACAACAAAACAAUACUUAUAGAUUUUUAUCAAAACUGCGUUUGUAUCAGUUUGUGGUAAUAUAACAAAACAUAAAAUUUUGAAAGUUUUGAAAGAUUCCUUGCACGAGCGCUAUCGUGCAAAUGCCGCCAAAAUUAGUUAUCAAAUUUUUGGGUGACGUCUGUGUUGCUUAUAAGCUCACUAAUAUAGCAUUAAACGGCAUAGUAGGAUACUCAAACAAAAAAAUAAUAGCGAAGCGGGAUAUCAUAGGCGAGAUAAUAACAGUCAUAUGAAUUAAAACAGAAAUAAUUAAUUCCAUUCAGGUGAGCUUCCCGACCAACGGGGCUCAAAUGAACACAGGCCAUAAUAGCUAUAAUACUUGCAUAUUAUACAUAACGUAAUUUAGAAUAAUUUCUCAUUUGCUUGCCUUUCUUCCAGUAUUUUGUGUUGCGAUGGCGUUGACACGCGGAAUAAUUUCAGCGCAUAUUAGAGCAGCAAACUUUUUUGCGCGCAUUAGUUUUCGCUCAGUUUUAAUUUCUCGCACAAAGGUGAGCACGAAUUGUAAAGGCGGUUCUCUUCGGAUUGUAAAGUGCGGUUCUCUUCUUCUGAUGGUUGUGAACGCGAGUAGAUCAAUUAUGAAUGUUAUAAGUGCAUGUACCUCUGAACAGGGGCGGGAGCUAGAGGGUGUGGGUGGGGGGUGGGACAACCCCCAGUCAUCAGGUAGCCGGAAAAUCAUUGUACUCCAGUCGGCAAAUUGUUUUCACAGUCCGCAAAACAUGAAUUGGAUAGGAAGGAAAAAAUGAAAUAUUAUAGUGAAACUAAUUAAAACCUAAUAAUUAUUGCUGAAAUUUGGAGGAAAUUAAAGGAAGAAGGGGAACGUCAUUCCAAAAAAUGAUGGGAAAUAAUUAUAUUUUAUGUUUAGGCGCUAACCCGCCCCCUCCCCCCACCAAUCCGCGCCAAGAAUUGGGAGGGGGAGGAAACAUUGAUUAAGGAGAAAUUUCUUUUAUAUACAAUGGACAUGACUCGGAAAAAUUUCACUUAAUCCCACACCCCCUCCCCCCCCCCGCAUUAAAUAAAAUGGGGCUAGCGCCGCCCCUGACACUGAGGCCUGUUUCAAACGUCGCGCUUCUCAUGUGCCGAACGCAUUAGAAACAAUAGAUAAUGAGGCAUUUCAGCUCAUUAUCUAUUGUUUUUAAUGCGUUCGGCACAUGAGAAGCGCGACGUUUGAAACAGGCCUGAAUCAAUGGUAUGUACUGUACGCUCAUUCACUCGUUCAUAUCCAUCAGAAGAAGAAAAUCGCACCUAAAAUCGCAGCAAAAGGGCAAGUGUACAUGGGCCUUAUUAAUACGGUGCAAUUUUGAAUACAAGUACAGUAUAAUUCACACGUGCUCUCACGAGUGAUCAAAGUUUGCCAAACAAGCUGUAUAUGAUUCUAUUUAGAAUUACGAGAAGAAAUUCCUCCCAAGAAUGAAACUGCCAAAAAAUUUAUAAAAAAUUUCCUGCGCAUACGUCACCGCGGCAAAAGAUCGAGCCAUAUAGAGGAUGUCGUAAUCGUGAUGGAUGGAUCCGGGUCGAUCGGCUUGUGUGAAUUCAAUAAUGGAAAGAAAGCUUUGAAAGCUUUAAUGCAAUACAAACAACCCGGAAUAGACGCUAAGUAUGCCAUGGUAACAUUCGCGUCGCAGGCGAGAAGAGACUUCAAUUUCUUGCCCCAGUUAGAUGCAGCAGCCAAAAUGAGUGGUGUCAAGUUUCCUCGUGGGGCGACAAAUACUCAAGCUGGUCUUGCUGAGGCAUUUGAUCUGUUCAUAACAGGUAAGAAUUGCAGUGCUUAUUGCAGCGAAAUUUCUUUCUUUUCACUCUAUUUUUUCUUUCUUUCUUGCACAGGCAAUCACAGUAAUAAUAGUUUCUGUUACGUUGAUAUUACGAAGGUUCAGAUUUGACUUCCACUACCAUUAAGCCGGACUAUUAACCAAUCAAGUGCAUCUGAUAUAUCCGAUUAACCAAUCAGAUGCGUACUAAGAAAGUGCGAGGCAGUGGUAGCGGUAGUGGAAGUCAAAUAUGUCUUCCCUCUUAACAUACAAUUACAAAUUUUAUAGGUCGCGUAUUGUUUGCCUGUAUUUCAUGAGGUAGGCGGCCUCAUUCGAAUAUCUUUGGGUUUAAAGCACUUUAAAUAUCUCGAGGGAUCUAAAAGAUUAAGGAUUUAUUUUGAAUGGGGUUAUAAGCUACCCUAAUUUACUUUUCAACCAUAGUCGCAUUCAGCCUGCUGUCGAGUGAACAUCACGUGUUAAUUUUUUCCACAACCCACCUCCGCCCCAUGUCUGCACCCAUAUAUAUUUUUGGAGAAAACUGCGAGAGGUCCUCCUUUCCGCGAGUUUAGAUUUCCGGGCAUGCGAAUUGAAAGGAGGGACUGCCGACAGCACAUCAAGAAACGAAAUACACGUUGCCCACACAACGCAAAAUUCCCAUUGGUCGAAAUCGACACGCCUGUCCAUCAAAUCUGAUACGUAGUAAUUAUGCUAUAAAUAAUUUCCAGACUAAAUGUUGAUUUUAUGAAUAAACAUGACAUUAACGGUUCCUAUUGGAUAGAUUUAAUUGGAUAUAAGUAAUUUUUAUGCAAAGGAGGAGCCAACUUGACAAGAGCGAAAAGUGGGCAUAUUUCGUUUCUUGAUGUGUUGUCGGCGGUCCCUCCUUUCUCCCGAGGGACUGGUCGCGGUCUAUUUGCGAGUGAUUUUCUUAGUUUUCAUACUGACCAAUGAGGCCAAAUCCGCCAAAAGUGAUCACCGAGGGAUGAGAGAAAGUGGCGCAGAACAAAGUUGCACAGUGACCUUUUGAUUUUCAAGGCCCUGAGAAACCCUGCUACUGCUGUGAUGAAGCAGGCGCGGAGAAAAUACUACACAAGCUUUAUAGCAGAGAACAGCCAUGACCAACGCAAGCUGUUCAGGUCCACAAAGACACUGUUCGAUCAGGAGACAGACCUGUCUUUCAACGGUUAUCACGAUAACAUUAUAUUCAGCCCCACGAUUUGGUCCCGCUAUGCAAAUUUCAACUCAUUAUCAUUAUUGAUUUCUUUAGAAAUUGUGUUGAUAGUUUAUAAACAUGGCAAAAAUAUUUGCAUAGCGAGACUGAAUCGUCGGGCUGGCUACGCCACUGGCCAUUAUAUAAAAUACACAAUCGAGCUUGUUCACAAGCAUUGUCUGUUCGUGAGCUAAAAUAUCUUGUUAAGGCCUGUUUAAACGGAUCCAACAUUGUUGGACCAACAUCAUCCAACAUUGUUGAAAUAAUGGCCCAAACGGCUUCUUUUUCAAAUAUUUUUGUCAAGACUAGGUUUAGAGUUUGAGUAAAGCUUAUCUAACCAAAAAGAUUUGAAAGAGAAGCAGUCAUAUCUAUUAUAGUAACAUUGUUGGAUGAUGUUGGUCCAACAAUGUUGGAUCCGUUUAAACAGGCCUUUAGAAGCCAGAAAUAUUCUAUCCAAAUCAAAAUGGGCUUCCUACAAUACACUACUAUUAUUGAUUUCCAUAUAUACCUAACUAAGAUAACUUGAAUAUUAAAUCUCGACAAAAUUGUAGAAUAAUCCAACGGGAUUUAACUUCAGUUGGUCGUGCUUUCGAAGAUGGGCACGACAAGAAGACAAAAUUCAGCGGAUACGCAUGCGCAAGGAGCAAUUUAGCCAAUAGAAUGGAGAAAUGUUCUCGAGUGAGAUAUUUCAUAAUUUCCAGAACGCGCAAUAUCUCACUCGAGAACAAUAUCUCACUCGAGAACAAUAGGUACGAUUGCGUACAUGUCGUUAGCCUAUAGGAUUGGCAAUUAUUAUAGGGUAUAGCGCAUCCAAUCUUUAUCUGAUAUACAAACUCUCCAGCCUCGUCCCUGGCGCUUUGAUGUGCUUACUGGUUGCGUGACGCACGCGCGGGAAUCGUGUCCUCCCGCGCGCGCGUCACGCAACAUCAAAGCGCCGGGGACGAGGCUGCAAACUCUCACCUUCCGCUCAAGUUUGAAUAUCAGAUAAAGAUCGACUGCUCAUAUUUUAACUAGUACUUAAAAUACUCGUUAAUAAUUCAUGAAGAAAACACAAAAGAAAUGAAUGUUUAAUCAAUGUUUGUAAAUCGGAUAAAGAUUUGUCCUGAUUCAUAUCUGAGAAAACACUUCUACUCCUAUUUUAAAUAGUACAUAUUUAAAAAACUCAAUAAUUCAUGAGGACAAUACAAAAUAAAUCACUGCCGUGUCGGUGGUUUCAUAUGUGAUAAAAAAUCAUGUUCAUCUACAUAAACUUUAGCUUUGAUUUUCUCGGCAAAUUUAUAUUGCAGGAAGCCGCGGUUUCGACUCACGCGAGAUUGUACUGCUAUUAACAGAUGGCCAUUCUAAUAAAGACAACAACAAGACGGUUCCAAAUGCUCAAAAGUUGAAGGAAAAUGGAGUAGACGUAUUUGUUGUUGCUAUUGGCGGACAGCACAUGACUGGAAUCCACGAGAUGGCACACGUGGCCACGUUUCCACCCGAAAACUUUUUGUUUCGUGUGGAAAAAGUCGGAGACUUUUUUGAGAUCGUUAAGAUGGCAAUCAAAGAAGUAGCCCCUGGUAAAUACAAAAUCCUCAAUGAAUACAAAUCUCCGUGCAAUUAA